CCGGUUUGGUUUCUGCGCCAUAAUUUUGAUUAUCUUGCUGAGCAGUCGACAGCGCCUCCCGAUCCGACCUGCCAUUGAUUGAUAAGCUAAAGCUUCUGUUUGUACUACACAAAGUGACGACAAAGCUUUCGGAUUAUCUCUUGAAAGCGGCGUUUAUUUCUACUUUUUUAGGUAUUUUUUUAGCUUUGAGUUGGCGCUGAUUGUUUGCCCAGAAAAGCAACCUUUUCCGGGUUGGAAAGACGCAUUUCUUCUUCAUUACAUACGGAUUUUAACAUAAACAAAUGUUUAAUUAGUUUGUUUUUCUUCCCGCAAGAUCGUGUUGUUCGAAUUUUGUUCCCUAGAUUGUUUUGCUUCUUAUAAGUUCCGGUGGAAAAUGCGGUAUAUAGAGAUUUAAAUGAUGUUAUAGAGACGAUUAGUUCAUGAAAUUUAGUUAGAGGUUCUUGAUUGAGUACUUCCAAAUAUGUCUUCGAUUCGUCGGAGAAAGGCGGUGGAAAAAGAACCCAAACUUCCGAAGGAUGAAGAUGACGGUAAGAAGGACAAGGUCGGCGGAAAAGUAAGGGAAGCUAAGGCAAAAAAAAAGUGGUCGUGUGUGGAUAACUGUUGCUGGUUUGUUGGUUGCGUUUGUACGACAUGGUGGUUCUUGUUGUUUAUGUACAAUGCGAUGCCUGCAUCUUUGCCUCAGUAUGUGACAGAGGCAAUUACAGGACCAUUGCCGGAUCCGCCGGGUAUCAAAUUGAAGAAAGAGGGGUUGAUGGUGAAGCACCCUGUGGUGUUUGUGCCGGGGAUUGUCACUGGUGGGCUUGAACUUUGGGAAGGCCAUGAAUGUGCAGAAGGUUUGUUCAGGAAGCGUCUGUGGGGUGGCACAUUUGGUGAAGUGUAUAAAAGACCUUCGUGUUGGGUAGAGCACAUGUCAUUGGAUAACGAAACUGGAUUAGAUCCUCCAGGAAUCAGGGUCAGGCCUGUCAGUGGGCUUGUUGCUGCUGAUUAUUUCGCUCCUGGUUAUUUUGUGUGGGCAGUCUUGAUUGCUAACUUGGCUCGUCUUGGUUACGAGGAAAAAACUAUGUAUAUGGCUGCAUAUGACUGGAGGAUUUCAUAUCAAAACACAGAGGUUAGAGAUCAAUCCCUCAGCAGGAUAAAAAGUAACAUAGAAUUGAUGGUUGCUACGAAUGGUGGUAAAAAGGCAGUGAUAAUUCCUCAUUCGAUGGGUGUUUUAUACUUCAUGCACUUUAUGAAGUGGGUUGAAGCACCAGCGCCAAUGGGUGGUGGGGGAGGACCGGACUGGUGUGCUAAACAUAUAAAAGCAAUUAUGAAUAUUGGUGGGCCUUUUCUAGGUGUUCCCAAAGCUGUUGCUGGGCUUUUCUCUGCUGAAGCUAAGGAUAUUGCAUUUGCCAGGGGCAUUGCGCCGGUUUUCUUGGACAAUGAUCUAUUUCGCAUUCAAACAUUGCAGCAUGUAAUGAAGAUGACUCGUACAUGGGAUUCAACCAUGUCAAUGAUACCCAAAGGAGGGGAUAUUAUAUGGGGUGGCCUUGAUUGGUCACCUGAAGAUGACCAUGUUCCCAGCAAAAGAAAGCUAAAAAGCGAUGAUACGCACAAUGGUGAUGGAGAUACUUCUUCAAAGAAAGUUCACUAUGGAAGGAUGAUAUCAUUUGGGAAAGACAUAGCAGAGGCAGAUUCAUCUGAGAUCGAGAGGAUUGAGUUUUUGGAUGCUAUCAAGGGUCAUAAUGUUGCAAAUACUACUUGCCACGACGUUUGGACUGAAUACCAUGACAUGGGAAUUGAGGGUAUUAGAGCAAUCUCAGAUUACAAAGUUUAUACAGCCGGAUCUAUGAUAGAUUUACUUCAUUAUGUUGCCCCACAAUCAAUGGAACGUGGGAGUGCCCAUUUCUCUUAUGGGAUUGCUGACAACCUUGAUGAUCCAAAAUAUAACCACUACAAAUAUUGGUCGAAUCCAUUGGAGACGAGAUUGCCAAAUGCUCCGGACAUGGAGAUCUUUUCUUUAUAUGGAGUUGGAAUACCAACCGAAAGAGCUUACGUUUACAAGCUAUCUCCUGCUGCCGAAUGCUACAUUCCAUUCCAGAUUGAUACUGCAGCUAACGAUGGUGAUCACAAUGGCUGUCUGAAGGACGGAGUCUACACCGUCGACGGAGACGAAACCGUGCCCGUUCUAAGCGCCGGUUACAUGUGCGCGAAAGGCUGGCGGGGGAAAACCAGGUAUAAUCCUUCAGGAAUCCGAACGUACGUUAGAGAGUAUAAUCAUUCUCCCCCAUCAAACUUGCUAGAAGGACGGGGCACGCAGAGCGGCGCUCACGUCGAUAUCAUGGGAAACUUUGCGUUGAUCGAAGAUAUAAUUCGAGUAGCAGCCGGGGCGGAAGGGGAAGAUUUAGGAGGUGAUCAAGUCUAUUCUGGUAUCUUUAAAUGGUCAGAGAAGAUCAAAUUGGGUCUGUGAUAUAUGUUCUUCUGAUAUCAUAAUAGCAAAUUCAGCAUACAAAAACUACGGUAUUUUAGGACUCGAUUGAUUUUCACCAGAAAUGGUUGAACCCCAAAUUUUAGCAUUCACCAUUAGACAUUAGAA